AUGGAGACCGUAAGUUCCUCUGGCUCCCGGCUCUCCAGCUGCUUCAUCACCCUCAUCUUCCUCCAGCUGCCCAUACGCGUGUCAGGUAGGAGUGGGGACUCCGGCCAGGUCCACCUGGCCCCGCUAGGGGGCACAGCCAAGCUGCUCUGCCCGCUCUCGCUCUGGUCGGUCACGACGCUCACCGAGGUGCGGUGGCUGCGGUCCUUGCCCCGGGGGCGCUCCCAGGUGGUCCACGUGUUCCGGGAUGACAAAGUCCGCGAGGAAGAUGUGGUACCGGAAUUUAAGGGGAGGACGGCGCUGGAGAGAGACACGCAAGAGGGAAAUGUCACGCUGGAGAUCCGCCACGUGCGGCUGGAGGACCGAGGGCCGUACCGAUGUCAGGUCCGGAUUGCAAACCUGAGUCGAGAGGGCACCGUGAUCCUGCAGGUGGCAGCCCCGUCUCCAGGGAGGAUCUCCCCCGCAGCAGUGGCUCUUGCUGUGGUCCUGCCUGUCCUGGGGCUUCUCAUCAUGGCGGGCAUUGGCCUCAUCUGGAAGCAAAGACGAUCAAAAGAGAAGCUUCUCUAUGAACAGGUGAUGGAGGUAGAAACUCUUCUCUCAGACCAUGCAAAUGAAAAAGGAAGGCUCCAUAAAUCCCUCAAGAAACUCCGGAGUGAACUGAAGUUGAAAAGAGCUGCAGCCAACUCAGGCUGGAGAAGGGCCCGGCUGCACUUCGUGGCCGUGACCCUGGACCCCGACACCGCGCAUCCCAAACUCAUCCUGUCCGAGGACCGCCGGCGUGUGCAGCUCGGAGACAGGAGGCAGCCUGUGCCUGACACCCCCCAGAGGUUCGAUUUCGUCGUCAGCGUCCUGGGCUCCGAGGCCUUCGUGGAGGGCUGUCACUACUGGGAGGUGUUCGUGGGAGACAAGACCAAAUGGAUCCUGGGGGUGUGCAGCGAGUCCGUGAGCAGGAAGGGCAAGGUCACCGCCUCGCCCGCCAACGGGCACUGGCUGGUGCGGCAGAGCCGCGCGGCCGAGUACGAAGCUCUCACGUCCCCGCAGACCCCCUUCCGCCUGAAGGAGGCCCCGCGCUGCGUGGGCAUCUUCCUGGACUACGAAGCAGGCGUCAUCUCCUUCUACAACGCGACCGACAGGUCCCACAUCUUUACCUUCACACACGCGUUCUCUGGCCCGCUGCGCCCGUUCUUUGAACCGUGCCUUCACGAUGGAGGGAAAAACACGGCUCCGCUAGUCAUUUGCUCGGAACUCCAGAAAUCGGAGGAACCCGUGGUCCCCAAGCCAGAUGGAAAAGGCCACGCGAACGGGGAUGUGGCCCUGAAGGUGGACGCUUCCCUCCGGCCCUGGUCCCCCGAUCUGGGCCCGGCGCUCCAGGGGCUCAAGGUUCCUUUCUUUUAGGGAGGUGCCUCCUUGGCUGCGCCCUGACCCUCCGGCCCAGGGCUCUGGAUUUCAGUCUCCUGGCCCGACACCGGCCUCUGGAACAGCUCAUCUCCUUUCCCCAAAUCCAGACCCUUUGGUGGUUCUAUUCGUGCCACCUUCCUCCCAUUUCCAAACCCUGUCUCCUGCGGGGGACUUGAAGUUCCCAUUGCCCUGGAAGAAUUCUUGAAAACCAAGUGAACAACCAGAUUAGGGCUAGGCGGUGAUGGUGAGUGUGUGUCACCGAGACCCAGGGGUUCUCCAUGUGAGGGGCUAUUCAAGAGGACUUCAUUUUAUCGCAUCCUGAACUUGGGCUUUUAGUUGUGAUGUUAUGGGGCCCAGUCCCUGACUUCUUACUUAUGUCAUCAAGAAUGGCUUUUCUCUCUGUUUUAGUUCACGCCUUUAGCCCCCAAAGCCAGCUUUUUAAAAGUAAUCAUGUUUGGGUCACACACUCUUUCUUCAUGGGGUAGGGUGGAUCAGAGGGUAAAACAUGUCCCUUUCUAGUUCCUUGAUGCUGUUGACAGCAUAGUUUUGUGAUAUCCAGAGCUAACGUACGUCUUCAAAGCUGAUUUACCUAUUGAUGAUGACCAGGUACAGGGACUUUAGAGUGGUAGCUGCAGCCCUGAAAAGCCUCAGGAGCAAAUCAGGGAACUGGUAAACACAACUUCAAACACAGCAGGCAGCUGUGUGAGGCCUUGAAGAGACAGCAAUGGAUAAGUUUGUCUGCUGCGCUGGCCCUUUCGAAUACCCUCCUGAGAUUUAGAGAGACCCGCUAGAAAAAGUGGCAGCUUUAACCACCAAUAUAGACAGUUUCCCCCCCACAAGACAUUAUA